CCUAACUGAACUGUUUAUGUAAUUUGCCUGGUGCCUAGGCCUAUAUGAAUUUUAUCAGAAGUGUAGGCGGCUUCAAAGAUUUUCUAUAGAACUAGAGACUGGAGAUAUGGCUCAUCGACUGCUUCGAGAUCUAGAAGCCGAUGGUUGGGAGCGUUCUGACUUCCCUAUCAUCUGUGAAUCUUGCCUCGGCGACAAUCCUUAUGUUCGCAUGACUAGAGCGGAAUAUGAUAAGGAAUGUAAGAUAUGUACAAGACCAUUUACUGUUUUUCGAUGGAGACCAGGUCGCGAUGCGAGAUAUAAAAAAUCUGAGAUUUGCCAGACAUGCAGUAAACUGAAAAAUGUAUGCCAAGUUUGCCUCUUGGAUCUUGAGUAUGGUCUUCCAGUACAGGUUCGUGAUACUGCUCUUAGCAUCAGCAGCAAUGACGCCAUCCCCAAGAGUGAUGUCAAUAGGGAAUAUUUUGCUGAGGAACAUGACCGCAGGGCUAGAGCAGGUCUGGAUUAUGAAUCCUCUUAUGGAAAGGCGCGGCCUAAUGACACUAUUUUGAAGCUUCAGAGAACAACACCAUAUUAUAAGAGAAACAGAGCACAUGUUUGCAGUUUCUAUAUAAGAGGUGAAUGUACCAGAGGUGCUGAGUGUCCUUAUCGGCAUGAAAUGCCUGUUACUGGGGAGCUAUCACAGCAAAAUAUUAAAGAUCGUUAUUAUGGAGUAAAUGAUCCGGUUGCAAUGAAGCUCCUUAACAAGGCAGGCGAAAUGCAGACACUCGAACCUCCAGAUGAUGAAAGCAUCAAGACUCUUUAUGUGGGUGGGCUUGAUAAUAGAAUAACUGAGCAAGAUCUGAGGGACAACUUCUAUGCCCAUGGUGAAAUUGAAUCCAUACGGAUGGUUCUUCAACGAGCUUGUGCUUUUGUAACAUACACUACUCGAGAAGCUGCUGAGAAGGCUGCAGAGGAACUCUCUAAUAAACUUGUCAUAAAGGGUUUAAGACUUAAGCUAAUGUGGGGUCGACCUCAGCAACCAAAACCUGAGCUUGAUGGUGACGAGCAUGCAAAACAGCAGGCGGCAGUGGCUCACAGUGGAAUGCUUCCUCGAUCUGUCAUAAGUCAGCAACAAAGUCAUCUUCACCCCCCUAGAACAAGUCAAGAUCAGCUCCCUCCAGCAAUGCCUUAUUUUAAUAUUCCACCUCCACCUCAGCAGGAUAGGACUUAUUAUCCUUCGAUGGAUCCCCAACGAAUGGGUGCUCGUGUUCCAUCACAAGAUGGUUCCUCAAGUGGGCCUUCAGGAUCUGGGGAAAACAAAAGUGGGCCUUCAGGAUAUGGCAUCUACCAGGGUUUGCCACCGCCACAACCACCACCACCAGGUAAUUAUCAACAACCAUAUUAUCCACCUUACGGUUAUAUGCUACCUCCUCCUCCACAGUACCAGCAUUACCCUCCAUCCCAAUACCAUAACCAGCCUGCUGGCCCUGGGGCUCCUCAACCUCCACCGUCAUCGCAGGCUCAGCAGCAGCAAUAAUACUCAGCUGCCUUUAUCAGGGUUUGAAAUUGAAUAUGUACUCUGUUGAAUACUUGUGAUUUUAUGUUAUGUUUCAUGAUUAUACCUCAUUUGGAGGGAUUGUAUUCCAAUAUAGAAUUUCUUUUUACUAAUAUGUUGCCUUGAAUAUUCAUCCAUUAAUUCGACCAUAGUUAUUUAGAGAA